AAAAUCAUUCUUAAUUUUUUAUAUGCUCUCGCCACAAUAUUAUCUAUAUGUUUUACUCAAACAAUGAAUAUUUUAGGUAGAUACCUACAGAUUUUUACGCAUUGUUCCGUGGGAAGGGUGUAGGUGACAGCAUUAGAGUUCAUGCACACAACAACAUGUCAUGUACCUAAUCACAUCGGGUCAUGUGGGUCUGGGGGAUGGUUUGGCCCCUGCAAUUGAUCUGGCUACUUAUGAAAUGGUUAGUAAUAGUUCCCUGAGUAUCAUAUACACAACUAAACCGGUAAUUUAUAAUUGCGUAAUUUACAUUUCUAUGUAAUAGUUUUCUUAUUAACGUAGGAAACUUUAGGCCUAUUUUUAGUUCAUUUACUUUCGAUAUAUUUGUAAAAGGCUGUUUGUUUUCUAAAAAAAAAAAAGCAAAAAAAAAUACCGUGAAUCUUUGUGACAAACAUAUUGGAAAGCUCAAAGUAUUAUUGACAAAAUAAUACUUUGAGCUUAAAUAUUAUCGUCAGUGUAAUAAUAUUAGUUUAGUACCUAUUUUACCUAACACUUCUAUAAUAAUUAGUUUAUAAAUCUUAGUGGGAAUUGUCUCAGGAUAUAGGUUGCACUUAUAAUGUAAAAACCAAUAUCCUUUUUUCUGUAUCAUCUGCCUAUGUCUGUUUAUUUCCCCAAUAAAUAAAUAAAUAAAACUGUCUUGCAGUGUGACGAGCUUUACAGAAAGUAGUAGUACGAUUAUUACUCAUUUAGUUAAUAUGAAUCUCUGUUUUCUUUUUAUUUGUUACAUUAUCGUAAAUGUAGAAACUAAGUUUCACACAUAACCAAACCAUCAUACGCGCAUGAUGCGCAUAUGCGUCUGAAACAGUGUAUAUUUCGAAACUAGAGAACCACUCGAAGGAGAUAGUACCCCAAUAUAUACCGGUGCAAGAUACUAGAGAAACCUGUUAAACAUAGGUAUGUAAGCUUGCCCAAGUAACGCCCCCAUCAAAGAAAAAAAAAACGAAAAGCGUCACACGUCAAAACCAGAGCUCCAUUCGUCAAAACAAUAUAUACCAGCGCCAGAGACUAUACACAAACCAGCUAAGCAUACGCUUGUUCAAGCAACGCCCCGAUCAAGAAAUAGAAAUCCGGGACCGAACUAAAUAUCUAAGGCACUACCAGUAUACAAUGUCGGUAAUAAUAGGUGUCGGCAAAUGUGGUCCGCUCUACGUUGUCGCAGAACCCGCGAUAUCUAAAAAAUCUAUUGGCGCUUAAUAAUCUUAUCCAUACCGCCCUUAUUUUACAAUCUACUAGUAUUAAUUAUACCGGGAUUCGACCUUGGUAGCUGAGGUCAUUACCUAGCUAGGAUAAGGGUCGGUUUUGAACAAAAAUAGUUUCAUUUAGGGAGUUUCUUUAUACGUUGUUUUUCUGUUAGGCCUUUGUGUGUUAAAUUGUACCAAAAUUCAGCAAAUAAGAUGUAAAGUAGGUAUAUUUGCACUUGACCGCCAGCUCAUGGCAUAGAUUAUCGACUCGUCGACGCGAUUGAAACCGCAAAUGCGAACGUGGCGAUAAUGAAAAGGAUAAAAAGUUAUUUAUAAGCGGAUAAUACCUUAUUUGGUCAAUUUAUUAUUUUAUGAGUUAGGUAACUUAUCAACCAUGAGUUAUUUGGUAGUUCAAGCAUUGGAUAUGGUACUGUAAAACCCCGUAACAGGAAAAGUACCUACGUUUACCGGUUACACAUCAACGAGCAUAAAUUACUAGCACUUUAUUUCACCGAUCAUUGUGUGUCGAACUUUACAAGUGAUAGCUACUAUUCGGGUUAGUUUGCCGCGAUACAACGCGCGGGUGCCGCCAUGGCACCGGACUUCAGACUUUUUUGUUUGUUACUUAUUUGUGGGUCAAUUAUUGUUCAUGUGGAAACUAAAUUUCAAAAACCGUUACAUUUGUCUAAACCCUCGAAACCACGUUAUUCGCCGCCAAAACUUUUACCAACAUAUUAUACACCAGUGCAGAAGACAAUAUGGAAACCUCCACCUCCAAAACUAUCCACCCAGCGGUCUUCGUAUCCGACAGGCGGCAAACUCUCUGGAACCAACAAUUUGAACCAAUAUCCGUCAUACCCAGACAAGGGAAUGUUAUCAGGAGGGCAAACUCAGCCAAAGCCUCAUACAUAUCCCAUUACAAAUGGGCAAUCGGGCGGUGGACUCUCAGGAGGAGGGAUCAACGAUAAAAAUAAGCAAACAGCACCGCUGACAACACUUUAUCCCGCCGGCAGCGGACUCUCAGGAGGUCAGACUCAGCCGACAGGUGUAAAGCCACAUACAUAUCCCAAUACAAAUGGGCAAUCAGGCGGUGGACUCCCAGGAGGAGGGACCAACAAUAAAAAUAGGCAAACAGCACCGCUGACAACACUUUAUCCCGCCGGCAGCGGACUCUCAGGAGGUCAGACUCAGCCGACAGGUGUAAAGCCACAUACAUAUCCCAAUACAAAUGGGCAAUCAGGCGGUGGACUCUCAGGAGGAGGGACCAACAAUAAAAAUAGGCAAACAGCACCGCUGACAACACUUUAUCCCGCCGGCAGCGGACUCUCAGGAGGUCAGACUCAGCCGACAGGUGCAAAGCCACAUACUUAUCCCAUUACAAAUGGGCAAUCGGGCGGCGGUUAUAAGCCAAGCCACUCUAAUUCAAUUCCUCCAAAGACAAAUGUAGUCCAUAAACCUGUAGAACCCUCGUAUAACGACAUUUAUGUCAGAAAUCAUCACACGACCAAUAUUUACCAUAACAACAUUCAUACAACGAACAUACAUCUUUACCACUAUAAGCCACCUAAACAGGUAUAUUAUGUACACAAUGGUAUGCAACUACACUACCCGGUGUAUAGAGAAAUACUACCCGAAUACGUGUAUGAGUACAGGUCAUCUAGAAGUCGAUUCAAUGUUCUACUGACUGGCCUGGCUCUAUACAAUCUUGGACAUGUAUCAAAAAACCGCGAAUCGCUUCAUUAUCACAAUAAUUACAAGCCGGGACAGAACGAAGUUUGCGAAUUCCGUGUAGAAUAUAGUAUGAUCUCAUACAACGAGAUGAAUAUUGAUUGCCGUUUGAUUACAGACUUCAUAUGGACUAUAAAACAUACAAAAUAUGAAGAAAUUGUUUGGAACCCAAUUAACGACGAUGUCAUGGAUGCCUUGGACCCUCAAUUUAACGGAAAGUCACUACUUGUAAACGACGAUAUGAACUGCUAUAUGAAGUAUUAUGAUGGUUACACCGGUAGGAAGAAAUAUGUGAGUUGCAAACUUUUGGAAACAUAUGUCAAAAAGUCAUUUAAUUCUGCGAGUAAAAUAGCAUCGUCUCUACUCGCGAUCUUGAUACCUAUAGUUAUAGCCAUUAUAAAUUUAUAACCGCAACUAGCAACAGGGGGCUUACAGGUGUAACCAAUAAGAUCAACGCCACUGUAUCGAAAGUACCGUCGUAUUCUAAGAGGGCACACAAAAGACGACGAAACAGCUAGGCCAACACCCAGUCAUAUCUACAGCCGGAGCAACCAACAGAUAGCACCUCAGUUAUCCUCAUAUCAUGGGUCUCUCACGAGAUGGAACGGUCAUAAUCAACCAUCAAACUGCACCGAAGGCAACCACGUAUUCCGUGAACGGCACAUAUAAAGUAAGUUGCGGGUCAAAACUGUACAUUUGGCAUUUUUGUUAACAACUGUCACCAAUAUUCAAUGCGGGGCCUGUAGAGUAUGUGUGAUAUAUGAUUUCAGUUUUCCAAGUUCUAUCAAUGUAGUUAACCGGACAAGCACCCGUACAUAAGGAGAUCCAAACGCGAAAAUGGCAUUCGAUUGGGCAUAUCCUCAGGAAGCCUGACACCCACCUAUCCAAGGUGGCCCUGACCUGGAAGAUGCCCGGAAAACGUAAACAUGGUCGCCCUAAAUCUACUUGGCUCCGUUCCGUGGAGCAAGAGUUGGGUGUAUUGGGGAUGGGGUUGGGGGAGGUUACCAGUGCUGCAGUCAGUGGAAGAAAAUGGUUCGAGCCCUACACCCCAUUAGGGGGUAACAGGAUGAAAAGAAGAAGAAGAUCAAUGUUGCUACAAUUACCAUUUUUUAUUUUUAUACAUUAAAAUAUGGUUUUGUUAAGCUCAUUUCUUAUUAAAGUUUAGGUUGUCCUUGAACAAUUUAAUCUAGGAGUUAAGUAAAUUGAAAUAAAAACUUAAAGCUUUUUUUGUUUGGAUUAAUAUCUUUUUAUAUUUCCGUUUUGGUAUUGUUUAUUGCUGAAAUAUUUUAUAAUAGUCAAUGUGUCAACAUCCCUAUUUGAGCCGUGGGCCUAUUGAAAGGUAAUCCAUACAACCACAGAUCACCUCAACUAUUAGACGGAGCAUAUAAUUCAAUAGAGGUCGCCACACAUAAGCGCUCCCGUACAAAUAUUGUAUGGUAGCGUGGUCACGUACAUGUACAUAAUUAUAAGCGCAACGACCAGUACUCGUGUAAAUUAAAUAUAUGAACGAAAAUUUAAGUCCAGGUAUAAAAUGAUGUAAAUUACAACUAGCCUGUCCUGCUCAAAUCGGAUUAUUUUACAAGUAAAAUUGCACCUAUGUGUGGUGAUCUCUUAACUUUUUAAUCGACUAAUUAAUCGAUUAAAAAAAAUCGUCUAAACGUAAUCGCGAUUGAAUUAGUCGACCUAACAUACGAUUGAAAUUUAUUUAAACUGAAUAUUAAUCGACUAAAUUUUUCGAUUAAAUCUCGAUUGAAAGUUGACAGGUGGUCAUUUUUGUACGUAACAAAAAUUCAAGAUGUCUUGCGUACACAUUCGAAACCAUCCUAGUGAUAUGUAAAUGUUUCGAAGGAGACUUGUUAUCUAAGGAAAGUCACUGCUGCCUUUGAAGAUGGGCAGAAACCCUUGGUAAGUGUCGACUAUCGGUAGGUGGCGACUAUUGGUAGGUGUCGACUAUAGGUAGGUGUCGCCUUUUAGUAGGUGCCUACUAAUGGUAGGUGUCGACUAUUGAUAGGUAUCUACUAUUGGUAAGUUCCAACUAUUGGUAUGUGUCGACUAUAACGCCUAGAUAGUGUAAUCAGUCAAUUUGAUUAAAUGCUUACAUCUAUUAUCAUUAUUCAUUAUCUCACUUCCACCCCCUUAGGGGAUGAUUUCUGGAAUAAAAACUCAUCCUUCCACGGAACUAUAUAGUACAUUCAUACAUUGUAGGAGAGGCCGGAAAACCGCUUACAGAUGAACGAGUGAGUUUGAGGGCCGACACGUUAGUCCACUC